CGACGGCGACUUAGCAUCUUGUCUGGAAGGUGGUUGACUCAGCUAGCUCAGGUACUUGAUAUGAUCGAGAGUGUAUCAAGACGAGCGCUGAGUGGCUCCAGUGGGAGCUACCACGUUCGAGGAGCCGAGCUGGCGCGCGAUCGCAGAUUGAAGUCACUUGCAGCUACUGUAGUUUUUCUCGAUGAAACCCAGCAUACCUUUCAGCUUGAUAAACGUGCCAAGGGCCAGAUUCUCCUAGACCUGGUCUUCCAGCACCUGGAGCUCAUCGAAAAAGACUACUUUGGCUUGCAAUACGCUGAGAAUCCAACAGUUUAUCCCAAUUCUGAUGCUAUGAGAUGGCUAGACCCAUCGAAGCAGGUUAAAAAGCAGAUAAGAAGUAAGGGCGGUCAGUUUUUUUUCAAAGUUAAAUUUUACGUUUCUGAUCCAAGCAAACUUCAAGAAGAGUACACGAGGUACCAGUUUUACCUCCAAAUAAGAAGAGAUAUUCUUCAUGGAAAACUUCAACUUCCUACUAGCACUGCCUGUCUAAUUGCUAGUUACACCGUUCAAUCUGAGUUGGGCGAUUAUCAUCCAGAAGAGCAUGGGCCUGGGUAUCUAUCAAAAUUGCAGCUCAUUCCCGGACAAACUGAAGAAAUGGAGAAGAAGAUUUGUGAACUUCAUAAACUUCACAAAGGCCAAUUGCCAGCGGAUGCAGAGUUUAAUUUCCUGGAUCAUGCAAAGCGACUGGACAUGUACGGAGUGGAGUUACAUAAGGCAAGGGACUCGACAAACAAAGAGAUUCAAUUGGGUGUGACGUCAAUCGGGUUGGUGGUCUUCCAGAAUAAUAUUAAAAUCAACGUAUUUUCCUGGUCGAAAAUCGUAAAGAUUUCUUUCAAACGCAAGCAGUUUUUUAUUCAACUUCGCCGAGAGCAGUCGGAGAACUAUGACACUCUUCUGGGCUUCAAUAUGCAAACAUACCGCAGCUCAAAAAAUCUGUGGAAAGCAUGCGUAGAGCACCACACGUUCUUCCGACUCCACAGCCCGAAAAUGCGACCAAGAAGAUUCCCUCUGACUCUCAGCAGUCGGUUUACUUACUCGGGACGAACCGAGUUCCAAACGGUCGAGGACGGAAAGCAUCGUGCCAGAGUUGAAAGAACAUUCAUCAGAUCACCGAGUAAGCGAAUAGUUCACGGGGUGAACCAAGUGCCAAUUGAAGAGAAAGGUAAAGUUGUAAGCGCUCCAGCAAGACCUCCCAGACCUUACGACAAUAAAGUCCAGUCCCUAGGGUCGCGAGAACCGCGACAAGCUUGGGUCGAGGGGAACAACAGUGAUGAUGAGGGUGGUUUUUUGUCCCUCAGAGAGGAGAUAAACACGAGCACUCACACUCAAGGCGGAGCAUUUUCCCCAGUACUGGGCUCAAGAAUCCUCAGUUACGUUGAUGACGACACCGCUGAGAGAAAUAUUUACGAUUUGCCGGAUUACAGCGAGCCGACUAGUUCUCCAGCGCCACAGAUUCUUGAUGAUGGCUUGGUGACGAUAAGAUUGACACCUGAUGAGCAAGGCCGAUUUGGCUUCAAUGUGAAAGGAGGUCUGGACCUUGAUAUACCUAUCUUGUCAAGGGAUACGGGGAAUGGCGAGUUGACCUUGACUGUUCGUCCCAAUGCGCUCUACAACGCACUUGCUGGAACUGACGAAGCUUCUGAAGAAGAACCUCCCUAUAGAUACGUACCUGACGCACCACAUUCAGCGGUUGGCUCAGACGCUCUGGCCCAAUCAAUGUUACUCCUGGCAGACGGCCUCGCCAGCGGAGCCCUGAUAGCCCAGUACGAGCAACUCUACCGGAAGAACCCGGAACUGACAUCCUUGGAGUCAAAGAAAGCCGAGAACCAGAACAAAAACCGGUACCGAGAUAUUUCGCCGUAUGAUGUCACAAGAGUUAUUCUCAUGGGAUGUGUUAAUGGCGAUUAUAUAAACGCGAAUUACGUCAACAUGGAGAUUCCCGGGUCGGGGAUUAUAAACCGGUACAUCGCGACCCAGGGCCCGUUGUCUUCCACAGUUGCUGAUUUUUGGCAAAUGGUCCUAGAAGCUGGCAGCACUCUGGUAGUGAUGUUGACCACGCUUGUAGAAAGAGGACAACGCGUCCGAGCUGCCAGAACAGGAAUGGUCGAACCAGCUGUUGUCCACUGCUCGGCAGGUAUCGGACGCACCGGAGUUCUGGUGUUGAUGGAAACGGCUUUGUGUCUUAUAGAAGCCAACCAGCCUGUCUAUCCGCUGGAUAUUGUUAGAUCUAUGAGAGAUCAACGCGCAAUGAUGAUUCAAAAUGCUAGUCAGUACAAGUUUGUCUGUGAAGCGGUCCAUAAAGCAUACACCGAGGGUAUCGCAAAACCUCUUAUAGAAUUUAGUAGAUAA